AUGGACCAGAAUGGCGAGGGUUUGAUCUCGACCGUGGUGGUCACAUUUCAGUGGGGACGAAAUGCAGGAGACCCGUACACUGUGCAAUGGGAACGACACCUUCACGUGACUGCGGAGGAUGACGCCCUCCUGAAGUUCCUGCGGGCUCGGAAGUUCAACGCGGACCGUGCUUUCAAGGUCGUCAAGAACUGCUUGAAGGUCCGAGAGGACAACCCGCAGAUGUUAGAUCACCUGAGCCCAAGUCGCAUUCCAUUCGAUAGCGCCUGCCGAGAGCACGGUCUGGUGACGAUGUCUCGCAAGACUGAUCCCCAAGGACGGGGCGCUGUGAUACUCAGAUUCGAGUGUGUCAUAGUGCAUGCCAUGUACCUUAUCCACCAGGAGCAGUUCCAAGUCAAAGGUGUCGUUAUCGUCUUGGACCUGAAGGGUCUCGGCGUCUACCACAUGGCCCAUUACACACCGUAUAACAUCUUCAGUCUCGUACAGGGCUGCUUUCCCCUUCGAAUCAAAGGAGUGUACAUCAUCAACAACCCGGCGAUAUUUGAACUAUUCUUCGCCAUCGAUAAGCAUUUCAUGAAGUCGAAACUGAUGCAAAGGCCGAGGAGCAUGGAUCCAGGCACGAACGAGAGCUACGACUACGACGUCAUGGAGAAGAAACUUCUACAAGAGGAGGAAUUCUUCACAAAUCUGAACUCUUACGGGUGUCGCAAGAAGUCCUGCGACAUGAGUGGGGUGAAACCAGAACCUAUUGCUUCGCUGCUGGACUCCCCGGAAGAUGUUGCGCGGAAGGAACUAGGGGAAACGCUCGAAGUAAGACAGAAGGCGCUGAAUGAAUUGCGUCAGCUUAUUUCAGAUGAACCAUCGUUGCGUUGUCCCACGGACGACGCCUUCUUGCUCAAGUUUCUACGGGUUCGCAAGUACGAUACGCAGGCUGCUUUCAAGAGCGUCAAGAAGUACUUCAAGUUUCGAACGUACCAUCCGGAAAUGUUCAAAGAUCUAGCUCCAAGCAAAAUACCUUUCGACGCCGUGUGCCGCACGCAUCGCCUGAUCACGGUGUCUCGCCAUAGAGAUCCAAUGGGAAGAAUUGCUGUGAUGCUGAAGACUGGCGCCUGGAGUAAUGAAAUCUGCACCUUGAACGACUUCUUCAGAGUGGCCUUUGUCUUAUGCGACCACUUCCUCCUUCGUGAAGACUCUGUGCUUAAUGGCCUCGUCGUCGUCCUAGAUGUAAAGGGCAUCGGCCUAUAUCAUCUGACUCAUUACACGCCCUCUGUUAUAGGAACAUUAAUCAGUUAUGUGCAGGACUGUGUGCCCAUACGCCUGAAAGCAGUGUACGUCAUCAACAACCCUCAAAUAUUUGAUUUGAUCUUCGGAAUCACCAAGACAUUUCUUAAGGCGAAACUGGUAAAUCGGUUUCGCUUCUUUGGAUACGAACCAAACGGGCUGCACGAACUUGUUCCGGAUGACGUCAUUCCGGAGGAACACGGAGGGACUAACGAACGCUACAACUACGAUCGGCUGGAGAGAGAGCUGGAGAGUGAAGAAGGUUACUUCCAGCAGCUGGGCUCUUACGGAUACGGCGAUACGCCAGCGAAGACUGAAGUUGAAUCGAAUGACUCGCUCAGUGAGGAGAUUCAAUUGAGCGAAGAAUACGUGCAUCUUUGAGGCAUUUGGUAUUUGCCUUGGUCAUCCAUUAUGGGCAGGGCUCGCGACGUGGCGGAGAGGUAUAGACCAAUGUUUAUCGAUGUAGGAGCAUCCCGAUACGAGUCAGUUCACGACCCGAACGAUCGAAUUAAAGUUGUUCCAUUGCAUUCCA